AUGAGUAGCCCAGAGACACUUCCUGAGGCGUCUCCAGCUGAAGUUGCGGCUCCCAUCCUAGGCGACCAGGGGAAUGACGCUAUCGAGGUGGAUACCGCGGACGCCGAUUCCGUGUACGCCUCAUCUGCUAUUACCGACACGACGAGCCUCAGAUCUUCGAUUCUGAACUACAAGUGGGAAAAUGGUCGCCGUUACCACGCAUACCAAGAUGGUGCCUAUUGGGCCCCGAAUGACGAGAGGCAACAGGAGGCAGAAGAUUUAGUACACGAAAUGUAUCGCAUUGUGCUCGACGGCAAGCUGUACGAAGCCCCUCUCGAGAAGAACAUUCAGCGUGCACUCGACGUUGGCUGCGGCACGGGCGUGUGGGCAAUCGAGUUCGCUGAUGAACAUCCGUCUGCCGAAGUCAUCGGUGUGGACUUGUCACCAAUCCAGCCUCCGUUUGUCCCGUCCAACUGCAAGUUUGAAAUCGACGACAUAACCAAGGAAUGGACGUAUCCCGAAAACCACUUCGACUUUAUCCAUAUCCGAACCAUGACGGGUUGUGUCCCAGAUUGGUUUAAAUUCCAUGAAAAGGUCCUCAAACAUUUAAAGCCGGGCGGGUGGGUUGAGCAAGUCGAGCUUUCAACCAUCGCCCGCUCAGACGAUGAGACAGUAAAGCCCGAUUCCGCACAAAGGAAAUGGGCCGAGGUGUUUGGGAAGUUUGGGGAGGUCACGGGCAAGAGCUUUGCCAUCUCCGAGACGGCUGGCGAAGUCAUCAAGGAGGCCGGCUUUGUCAAUGUCAAGAAGAGGACGCUGAAGAUGCCGAUUGGAACAUGGCCGAAAAAUAAAGAUCUGAAACGUUGGGGCGCCUGGAACCGACAGUUUAUUCUUCAAGGGCUCGAGGGGUUCUCAAUCCGUGGGCUAACAGAACAUUUGGGGUGGUCAUACGAGGAAGCACAGCUCUACCUGGUCAAGCUCCGUGGAGAGCUCACCAACCCAGCCGUUCAUUCUUACAACGAGAUGAUUGUCGUUACUGGGCAGAAGCCAACGCCAACUUAA